CUCUAUGAGAGGAAUAGUCGGAUAUCUUGUGUAAUGCAAUAGCUUUUAAGUCUCGUUCCGCUUCUCUUCAAACAUGGCUUCUUUACGUUGCGCGUAGCAGUACGUCCCUGCAAAUCGUAAUUCGAUUUUUUUUCCCGCAAUGGUACGCGUGUGCGCUUUUCCUGGAUGUUUCAACCGAGAGAAAGCAAUAAGACUCCGUCCAACGGCAUCGUCAAAGGAGGAAAGUUUGAUUUUCCACACAUUGCCGCUGCAUGAUCCAGAGAGACUGAAGCUGUGGCUGCUCGCUCUCAAACGGGAUAUAAACUCACCCAUUGAAUCUGUCCGCGCAUUGAGGGUUUGCAGUGUCCAUUUUUCACCAGACGAUCUCACGGGACCAACUCGACGAUUUCUGAAUUCAACCGCUGUGCCUGGGCAACAAAUCGAGGAGAUUGUGAGUGAUCCAGAUGCCCUGUCAGCAGAUGACUGUGGAGAUAUAAAAGAAGAGGAGGUGCAUCUCGCAGAUGACUGUGGAGAUAUAAAGGAAGAAGAGGAGGUGCAUCUCGCAGAUGAUUUUCAGUCAACUUCAGGAAGGCAAAGGAACCACAGAACCUGCCCUGUACGACGUGGCCAACGUCAGUCAAAACUCAUUUUAACUGUUCAUCAGUCUACAUCUCCAUCUAUAUUUGGGACCUACUAUGCUCUUCCCCCCACAUGGUACUACCAAGUGAAUGAUCCUGCAGAGAUAGGACUCCAAAUGAAAGGAAAUCUUGAUGAAAUUGUCAGCAUGGAUUCUACUGCUACUUCAGAAGGCAAUCCUCUAGACCAGGACAGAGAGGUAAAAAGGAGUGUACUGGGACACGGUGAGCAUAAGAAUGAAGCCAUUGAAUCAGAGGAGAACAAGGACGGAGAGAUCAACGCAGAGGAUACAGCACAAUCUUCAGAAGAGCUUGUGAUCACUAAAGUUGAGGACUGCAUGAAUGAAAUGGCAGUGGACCAGAAUGAGGAUUACAAUGAGAAGAUGGAAGUCGAUGGACCAGCAGAUUCAGAAACAAAGAAAGCCAAGGACGUAAAUACCAGGACUAAGGAAUCAUCUGCUCUUACGAUCAAGGAUGAACCAAUGGAUGAAGAGUGGAAGAAAGCACAACAGACCCCAGGAAGAAACAUUAAGGAUGAUGAGGAUUUUGACCAAACACCUGAUGAUGUCAAGAUCCGAGCUGCAUUCUCUGAUGGAGUAAAUACUUCCAACGCAUCCAUCGGAGAUCCAGUAGACGUCUCAGCCAAACCUAUUCAACCUUUUAAGCGAACUGGUUUGCUGUGCACAGCCUGUAAUAAGGUCCUGCUGAAGGGACAAACAGCGUUCCAGCGCAGUGGCUCUUCUAAACUCUUCUGCUCACCUGCAUGUCUCUGCAGCAGCAAGACGAAAACAUGUCACUGCUGCCUUAAAGAGAUUUGUGACCAGCAUAACACUGUAAUUGGCCCGGUGGACAUGUCAGGGACUUUGAAGGAGUUUUGCAGUCAGAAAUGCCUCAGUGCUUUAAGCUUCAAGUGCAGUGUGUGUCAGAAGACAGGAAUGACUCAUAGUCAUGAAGUGAACUUCAUGGGCUCCAUCCAUAAGCUGUGCAGCGACAGCUGCUUCAACCAGUUCCGCUCCUCCAAUAAGCUGAACAUGAACAGCUGUGUGAACUGUGGUGGAUACUGCUAUGGCACAGACAGUCAGUGUCCGUCUCUGCGGAUAGAGGACAGAGUUUUGAAGUUCUGCAAACAAAACUGCCUCCUAGCCUUUAAACAGAGGAGUCUGAAACUUGUCACCUGCAAAAUGUGUCACACCCUGCGCCCGGCUGCAGAUGCGGUGGACAGUCCCAACUCAGUGGGCGUCAGGGAGCUUUUCUGCUCCGCUUCCUGUGUCACAGCGAGUAAAGGCCAGACCAGUUCGUCAGGUAUUCCAGUGGAAUGCAACAACUGCAAGCUGAAACUAGUACCUCAGUACCACAUAGCCAUGUUUGAUGGAUCCGUUCAGAACUUCUGCUCUUUUUCCUGUGUUCUAGCAUAUAAGGAAUCCUCCAGUAAGACCAAACCUAACAACCAGGUGAACAUGGCAACAUCUACAACCAACACCACAUCUACCCCAAAACCUGCUGCUCCCAAACCUGCUUCAUCAGAGUCCAGCUCAUCAGCAGAGGCUAGCGCUCCCAGUGGUCCGGUGCAGACAGUCACCAAGAUCCCCUGCUAUCAGUGUCUGAACUCAUUCUUCCACAGACCAGAACUGCUGGAGUUCAAGAGGAAAAUGUAUGCUUUCUGUGAUAAUGCUUGUAUUGAGGAGUUCAGAAGGAUCAACAGUGCAGUGGCUCGCUGUGAAAACUGCAAGCUCAAUAAAACUCUGAAAAUAGUGAGGAGGAUAAACAAGGUUGACCGUUCUUUCUGCAAUGAGAGAUGCAAGUCACUCUUUGAGAAUAACCUGUUCAAGCGGUGGGGGAAGAAACACUGUCGCAACUGCUUCUACUGUGACAGCUCCUCGAAGACUGUGGUGACGGAGGUCUUUGAUGGCAAGCAAGAGGAGUUCUGUGGGAAAGAUUGCUUGUCAAAAUAUAGUUCAUUAACCCGUCAGGAAAUAAAGUGCUCCAUGUGCAGGCAGGCCAAGAAAACGACAGAGACCGAGAAAUGGCUGGGUGAGAUAAAGCAUUUCUGCAGCCUGCGGUGCCUGAUGUUCUUUUGCAGUCUGCAGGGUGUCACUGGAGCCGUCAUCAAAGCUACAAGCCAAUCGCAAGCCACACAGAGUGCGAAUCCAGUAACCUCUGCAGUCCCUCAAAGUACUAAAGCGGGUACACCGGUCAUUGCCAGUGUUGUUUCACUUUCAAAUGCGUCUAACAAACAGCCAGGUGUUCACAGAAACACAGAUCCGAAAGGUUCUGUUCCAGCUGCUGUUACUGUGAAAGUUACAGAACAUAAACAUGCUGUGAAAGCUCCUGUCUCAUCAUCCCAAAUCCGGAAGAACAAGGACUUGCCAUAUAAAUCCAUAAGCAAAAACAAAGCCACAUCCUGUAAACCCCACAUGACUGAUGCUGAGACACAAAUAGAUGAAAAGCCUAAAGUGAUAGUGCUGCCUGUGCCGGUGCCAGUCUUUGUGCCAGUUCCCAUGCAUCUCUACACCCAAUACAUUCCACAGUCUGUAGGGCUUCCACUUCCGAUUCCAGUGCCCUUGUUCUUCCCCACGACUCUGGACAGCGCUGAGCACAUUGUAAAGACCAUUCAGGAAAUCAAAGAGAAGAUCCCAGAUGACCCUUUGGAGGCUGAACUCCUCAUGAUGGCGGAGAUGGUGGCUGAGGAUACAGAGAGGGAGAAAGGCAUCAUGUCUAGUGAUCAGACUGGUAACAUUAUGGAGGACCUCGAUUUUGAAGCCCUAUCCAGCAAUCUGAGUUGGGAGGAGGACUCGGUGUCUUCUGCUCAGACAUGGGAUCAACCUCCAGAGCCUGAAAGACCUCCUCCAUCCAGAUCUGCCACACUGAUCUCCGUCUCUACCUCAGCAGAAGAGCCCCAGAUGGACCUGGAGGCGGAUUACCCAGUUGAAAGCAUUGAACUUCUCAGAGAGCAAACACAAAAAGACACUGAUUCUGGCAAACGAAGAUCUCGCAAGAGAGGAAACGACGGCUUCCCUCAGAAGAAAAAGGGUCGUAAAUGUGCAUCAGCGCUUCCAAAAAGCCUCUCCAAACUGCAACAUGAGUACGGCGUCAAUGCCUGGAAGGACUGGGUGUGCUGGAGGAACGCCCAACCCAACUUGGAGACUCCCAAAUAUGCCUCACAUUCUAUGACAAUAAAGGAGGACCUGUUGAAGUGUUGCACGGCUGAACUGAGCUACGGCCUCUGCAAGUUCAUCUCUGAAGUCCGUCGACCCAACGGAGAGAAGUACAGCCCUGACAGCGUCUUUUACCUCUGCUUGGGCAUCCAGCAGUUCCUGUUUGAGAACAAUCGGAUGGAGAACAUCUUCUCGGAUCUCUUCUACACCAAAUUCUGCCAUGAAAUGUCCAACAUUCUUAAAGGAUGGAAACCAACUAUUUUGCCCACUGGUUACGUUCAUUCUCGUGUGGAGGAGGAGUAUCUGUGGGACUGUAAGCAGCUGGGAGCGUUUUCACCCGGCGUGCUGCUCAACACGUUGCUCUAUUUCUUCACCAAGUUCUUCAACUACAAGACAGUGGAGCAGCACCGUCGCCUCUCUUUCGCUAAUGUCAAACGCUACUCUCGGGGUCCAGCCAACAGCAAAGUAUCCUACCUACGUUUCUACCCCCCGAAAGAGGACGAUGGCGUCCCUGUAAAGAAAAGGAAAAAGGAAGAUGAACGGCAAAGAGUGCUAAAGAUACGGCAGAAUUCAGACAAUCCUCUCCGCUGUCCUGUCAAGCUAUACGAGUUCUAUCUCUCAAAAUGUUCACCAGGCAUAAGACAUCAUGCGACCAAAUUCUACCUGAGCCCUGAGCGCUCCUGUGUACCCAGCAGUCCUACGUGGUUUACAGCCACCUCGCUGAGUGAUGAGGCUCUGGACAGCAUGCUCACACGUAUCCUUACUGUCAGAGAACUGCACAUGGAGACGGACAAAACACCCUCUGAGACCGAUUCAGACACUGACUCAGACUUCUGAACGUUUUAAUACAGGAAAACUGAGAAAACCUGAACACAUGACUGACUGUAGUUCUGAAUGCUGGAAAACAAGUGGUUUGUCAUUGUGCAUCCUUGUAACUACAAGAAGAUUGAAAAUGGAAAUCACACAGUUCCUGCGAGUCGCCGCCUUUGUACUAUAUUUACACUAAACACUAAAGACAUUGACAGCAUCAUUCCAAAAACAGAUUUUGAAGUUGUUGUUCUUCAUUGCAAACCAUGUUGGUCCAUAUAGAUUGGAAUGUUCCUGCAAUUUACUGUGGAUAACUCCUUGUUUUUGUUUUGUUUUGUUUU